AUGUCUCACAACUUCGCACCAUACCAGGCUUCACCUCCAGAGUCCGUACGAGCUAAAUCGCCUCCUCCAGCACGCACAUCCAUCGACUCUUCCCGACCUCAAGCAGCCUCUCACACGCGCAACAUCUCCGCCGUCUCGAACGCGUCUGAUCCAUGGGCAGCAGCGCGAGCUCAACGCCUACCGUCACCUUCACAAUACGCCGAUGAAGACGAAGGAUACACAGAUCUCGAGGGCGGGGGCGCGCGACCCUACAACAAUCGAUACAACGACUACAUCGGCUCGACUGCAUUGCAAGGAGCAGGACAGACCUCGACGUCCAUCUUUGAGACAAGUCUUGGGAUACCGAUACACGUCGAAGCGUGCUUGGCGUAUUUGAUACUUCCACCGGCGGGAGGUGUGGUGCUAUUGCUGUUCGAGCACAAGAGCGACUAUGUGCGGUUCCACGCCUGGCAGAGCGCGUUGCUGUUUAGCACGAUGUUCUUCAUACAUAUUAUAUUCUCCUGGACGAAAGUUGUGAGCUGGAUGCUGUUUGUGGUGGACAUGGCUGCGAUUGUGUAUCUCGCGGCGGGUGCGUGGAGGAAUGCGGAUACGUUGGAUCGUGUUGAGGUACCGUUUUUGGGAAGGCUUGCGAGCUCGUUUGUUGAUGAGGAGUAA